UACGUAUGUAAGGGAAAGUCUGUCCUAGAUCUGCAAAAAAAUCAUUUUGCAGCCUUCCUAGCAGUUAGAAGAGGAUCUAACUCAGAUAUGUACCUGUUUUGGUUCCCAUGACACUAACAAGUCACAAGUCUUUAAGGUCAAUGAGAUUCGGACCAUGAUUUGGCAUAUGGGAACAUUCCUUAUACUGUUUUAAAUAGUUCCCUUCCUUAUGCUGGCACAGUGUUAUGUGAACAGGUCAGGGGAGAUCUCUGACUGAAAAAUAACCUGGGAAGGGGAAAAAGUAAGGUCAUUCUCCAGUCCAGUUCACCGUGCGUUGCACAAGCAGCUCUGCUUGCAAGAGUCAUUCCUGCAUCUUCCUUCCCCACCCAAACCUAAGGACUCACCAUGGAGGUUCCUGCUGGUGCAGGAUUUCAAUGGCAUGAGCUGGGCAUUUAUUUGGCUACUGUUGCACGAACCUGCAGAUCCUGGUGUCGUAGCUGGCAGGGGACAGUAACUCUGACUGACCCUCUGACAGCCUGGAGAGCCUCCUGCCUUUUCCAGUUGUUUCAGCCAAGAAGACACUCACAUCAUCUGUUAGAUGUGGUGUCCUGUUAUACAGCUAUACCAGAGAUACUCAACUAAUAAUUUAUAAGCUCUCAGCUGGUCAAACCCUGUCCUCGUGCAUGACGUGGCGUCUCACAGUCAAACAAGCCCUUCAGCGAAAGAUCAACAAGACUAAUGAAGGAAGUUGAAAAUGAAUUAUUUUCCCUUUGGAGAGCAAUGGUAUAUCCUUGAGAGAUUUCCUCUCCAUUCACAUGCUACAAGACUUCCUCUGAUGGAGAAGGGCAGGAUGUACCUCUCAAGAGCUUCCCAGGUCAGUGGCCAGGACAGUGCCAUUUAGGGGAUGCAUGUGCCUUCGUCCCCGCAGGGCUCCCUGCCCCUCUGGCCAUGUGGUGGGACAGUGCUCCAGCAUCAGUUCAUUGUGGAGAGUGCAGGAGUGGGGCUUUCCCCAGCGAGGUGGCUAUGGUGGCAAUGGUGCCCUAACACAGAUGGUGUCAUUGCUACCGGGUAUUGUGCCAUGGGAAAGGCCAGCAACUGGCAGCGUAUUGUUUGAAUUAUAAAGAAAAGAAAUGACGCUGCCAGUACAGAUUCACUCCUGGGACUACCCAACAUCAAACUAUUGUCCUCGUUCAAGUCUGAUCCUUCCUUGCUCCCCACCCUGUAUGCUGUUCCCUUUACUGUGAGAAAGCAUGGCACGGAAAGUGUCUGACCACUGUCCUCAGCUUGCCAUGUGAGCCAGCAAUUCUUCAGGGAUGGGGAGGGGGAAGGGUGGCAAUGACUUUACAGCUCAAAGAUACAACUUCAUUACAUCACCCUCCCUUUCUGACCACUCCCAUAUAUAAAGUCUUGCUGCCACUCAGCUGUGUGACCGAUCUUGCUUUUGAAAUCCUUGUUUCUGGGAACCCUUGAGGAAUAAGGGGCAAGAAACGUCUUUUGGUGCCACUAGCAGAAGGUGAACUGCCUCCAGGUAGAAGAGAGCUUUCAAAGCAAAAGAUGAAGAAGUGCUAUGUGGUGGCUCUAGUCCUGACUGCAGUCCUACUGGGGCUCAUCUUGUUCCUGGGACUCUUCUUCGGACUGCGCUCUGACUCAGAAGACAAGCACACCUAUAAGAGGGCGGCUGUGGCUACGGACGCUGGGCAGUGCUCAAUAAUUGGAAGGGACAUCCUUCAGCAAGGUGGAUCUGCAGUGGAUUCUGCAAUUGCAGCUCUGCUCUGCGUGGGACUCAUGAACGCUCACAGCAUGGGCAUUGGAGGGGGACUGUUCUUUACCAUCUACAACAGCACAGGAAAAGUGGAAAUCAUUAAUGCAAGAGAGGUGGCUCCAAAAGGAGCCUCGGAGGCCAUGUUUGGGAACGACACACAGCUCUCUCUGAAAGGAGGAUUGUCUAUCGCUGUUCCAGGAGAAAUCCGUGGCUAUGAACUGGCUCACAAACGUCAUGGCAGGCUGGCGUGGAAAGACCUGUUUAUGCCUAGUGUCAAGUUGGCAAGAGAAGGAUUCCCUAUUGGGAAAGGCCUUGCAGCAGCCAUCAAAUCAAGAGAGAAGUCAAUUGAAAGCAACCCCUCGCUGUGCGAAGUAUUCUGCAGAGGAGGGAAAAUUCUGCAUGAGGGUGAUAUCGUCAAGAUGCCUAAACUAGCCGACACAUAUGAGACUAUAGCCAAUGAAGGAGCAGAUGCCUUUUACACAGGAAGCCUGGCAAAACAGAUCAUCGCUGACAUCCAGAGUGUAGGGGGGAUUGUCUCAAUGGAUGACCUGCGGGACUACAAUGCAACAGUGAUUGAAGAUCCCAUACAGGUUACGCUUGGGGAGUUUACCCUCUACACGCCUAGUGCCCCCCUGAGUGGCCCAGUGCUAGCCCUCAUUUUCAACAUACUGAAAGGAUAUAAUUUCUCUGCUGACAGCAUCAAAACUGUGGAGAAGAAAGGUCUGACUUACCACCGCAUUGUGGAGGCCUUUCGCUUUGCCUACGCCAAGAGGACUUUACUGGGAGAUCCAAAAUUUGUCAACAUUACAGAGGCAAUCAGAAACAUGACGUCCGAGUUCUUUGCUGAUAGUCUCCGAAGAAAAAUCACAGACAACACUUCCCAUCCAGUUGACUACUACGAGCCAGUAUAUUACACUCCAGAUACUGCCGGUACAUCCCACCUCUCCAUUGUGGCUGAUGAUGGCAGUGCUGUGUCCGCCACCAGCACCAUCAACCAAUACUUUGGCUCUGAUGUACGAUCCAACGUGAGUGGAAUCAUAUAUAAUGAUGAGAUGGAUGACUUCAGCUCACCUUACAUAAUCAAUGGAUUUGGGAUACCUCCUUCUCCAGCAAAUUUCAUAGCACCAGGUAAACAGCCGAUGUCCUCCAUGUGCCCCUCCAUCUUGGUGGACAAAUCAAAAAAGGUCAGGAUGGUGGUUGGUGCUUCUGGAGGAACAAAAAUAACCACAGCAACAGCACUGACGAUCAUCAAUUCCAUCUGGUUUGAUUAUGAUGUGAAGAAAGCAGUGGAAGAGCCCAGAAUUCAUGAUCAGCUGUUUCCCAAUAUCACGGAGCUUGAGCAGCAAAUAGAGGAGGGUAUAGAAGAACAACUAAAGAAGAGAAAACACAAUACCACACGAGUGACCAGCGGUGCGGUUGUGCAAGCCAUUCUCAGAACAGAUGAUGGAUGGGCUGCAGCCUCCGAUUCCCGGAAGGGUGGCUUUCCUGCAGGCUACUGACCUGGUUCAGCUCCUUUUUUUCAGUGAUCUAGUGACACUGAGAGCUUGGACUGAUGUUCUCAACAGCCAUGACCGAAGUGCCUCAUGCCACAGCAGUGUGCUGAGACAAAUGUGUACCAGGACAUGACCUCCUUGAAGAAUCUGUUCUGCUUUGAAGAGUUUGAUUCCUGCCUCCACCAUCCCAUGAAGUCAGAUUGUGUACCUAGUUUCUGAAGAAGGUCCAGCUCACCCAAGCUGCAGGAAGUGUUUUGUUUGCACAGUUUCAGCUACCACAGUUUCAGUGUCCCUUUCACAGCUAGAGAAGAGAUUUGUUUCUUGUUGAGUAGACAAAUUCCAGGACCCUGGGAACUGGGUUUUCUAAGUUACAAACUAAUCGAUCUGUGCCACAGUGGUGAGCUCAGCUCUAGCCUGGGAUAAGCCUUCACAAACUCACCACUCUUUCUUUUAACAAAAGAUGUUUCUGCUUUUCACUUCAGUUGAUUAAUGGAGAUGGAUGGGUAACUUGGGAAGUGGCUUCAAACUUUCUUAUAUUUCUGUUGAGAAGGUCUAAAGGGAAGAUACUACCUGUAAAACUCUGAGCACAACUAAAAUAAAUAAAAAUGGAGCCACGUAUUUUUCUUGUCUGCACAAUUGAUAUUGCCAAAAGAGAUGGUGAGAGUCGGCAUGAAAGAAGCUCUUCAGAGAUUUUUCUCUUUUGUUCACUCCUUUGAUGAAGCUAUGAAUUUAAAAGAGGAAAAAAAGUAUCCAAAACAAACUAAUUUUUCUCCAGUUUUCUUCCUACCACAUCAUACUGCAGACCUGGAAUACCAGAGUCUGUGUAAAUCAACCCUCUGAAAAAGGGCACACUGCAGUUACUCAUUUGAAGGUAAGUUGUAAUUAAUCAAUGACCUCUCAGAAAUCCAUAUCUGAUACAGAACAGCUAACAGUGUCUGCACCUGUGCAUGAGUGGAUUUUGUACCGGGGAGCCCAGAACUGGACACAAAAUCACAGAAUUGA